AUGCAGAUGAUGCUGGACUCACCGGGGCAACACGUAGCUGGGUCUGCGAACACUGCAACCAGACUUUUCGUCGCGCUGAACAUCUGCAACGACACGAGAGGCGACAUCUUGGCCAUCUUCCCUUCCAUUGCCCGCUUUGUGCUCGACAAUUCUCCAGGAGGUACUGCAAGCGCGACGCGUCAGCAAAACCCCAGAGAAAGUUGCAAACUGCCGCGCUGGCAAAAGCAACUGAUGCAGACGAGUUCACAUCAUGGAGAAUCAAUUCGGGACACCCCGCACAUGAACCGGGAAUCCGUACACCGCCAAGACCCUUUCGGCGCCGUAGGCGGCUGCGUCAUGUAUGAUCACGGCAUUAGUGGAGCGUUUGCGCCGUCGGUGCCCGUAGCUUCAACGUCAUUUGGCAACCUCCAGGACGACCAAGACACCCUGAACCACGAAACGCCAGACGCACUGCUGGAAUAUCGGCUCGAGCCAGCCUUGGCGGGCACGCUUGUACCAACACACAAUGUCGCGCCAACUUUGAACACGACCGGAUCCUGGUUCUAUCCAAUCCCAACCUGGGAGUAUGGGAUGGACAUUGAUAUUGAAGGCUUCAGAGCUCCUACUGAGACUCGGUAUGCCAAGAUGCCGGAUACGUACGAUGAGAAAGAAGGGCUUGCGUCUCAGGAUGCAACAUUUGCUACGAAUACAUCCGUCAUCAGUCUCCGGCUGAGGGAACAAUUGCCACGAUACGUGUCAUCAAUGAUAGACGACAAUGACACCCUUGCGGCAGAAACCCAUUUUCAUGUUCCACAGUUCUCCAACGUGCUUUUCUUCGAGUAUACCCAUCAACAAAUUCCCGUUCUUCACUUGGCUACCUACAAUCCCAACUAUGAGUCUUGGAUUCUUGUUCUAGCUGUGGGCGCUGUGGGUAGUCAGUAUUCGCAGGUCGGUUGUAAUCCUCGUGUCAUUGGUGAUCUUGCCUUUGGGCAAGCCGUACUUCUGAGUCAACUCCUGUUGCAGUGUAGUGGCGGCCUCGCAAGUUCGCUACGCUCUCAGUACCAAAAGGGAAUCUUGACUGCCAUUUGUCGCUCGGUUGUUUCCAAAAAUGGUUCUUUGUUCCGCACAGGCAAAGCUGUAAGCCAACCAUGGCGUCGUGCUGAGGACUGGCACAAAUGGAUUGAGCAAGAGUCUUGGACGCGUUUGGCAUUCUUCUCCCUAUUUUUGGAACAUAUGCAAUCUGUUAUUUGGGAUAUCAAUCCACCCAUCGAAGUAGCUGACAUUCAUCGACAACUGCCCGACAGCGACCGCUUGUGGGCAUGCACUUCGGCUAUCGAGUGGGAGAAGCAGAGGAUGAUAUAUCCUCCCCAGAUCACGAUGCCCACAUUUGCGGAUUUAUUCACCAGCGAAGAAACUUUCCAAAGCUACUGCAAAGAUCUCGAGGAGCCCGCGCGUAUAAUUGUCAUGUCGACGGUAUUCUCAGAGGAGAAGAAGUUGCAACGCGACGCUCAAGGGUGGCUACAUCAGCGCAUUCUCAAACAACACGGUAUUGCGCCUGGGAAAGGCCGUUCUUGCUCUACCGCUCUAUUCCCUCUUGACCAAGAGUUUGAAAUGGUAUCCCAAAACUUACCAGACCUUGCGCCGUCUACAGAGAUUCUCCACAAAACAUAUCAUACCAUCUCGAUCCUUCGCAGAGUAUCGCAGACAGAGCUCUAUCUCUACUUCGGGUGGAUGACGACACCUGAGGUUACACAGCAAGCAAGGGAGAACCUGGCUUACUGGAUUCAGAAUGACCUGCAGAGUACGAAGGACUGCCUGCUACACGCCGCCUCGCUGUUCCGUCUGAUCCGAGAUCAGAAGGUGACUGCGUUCAGUGACCCGUUUUGCCUCUUGAUAGCGACAAUAUUCAUGCGAGUACUGGUCGACCUUGACGAUGCGGCAAUGAGCCAGGUGAACGACCAGUACCCGAUUCUCCGAGUCGACCAAGAGAUCGAAGACGAUGUUCGAACUAGUUGGCUGAAAGGAGCGACGCAGUUUCGACUCUACGUAACAGGCAUCGGACUUUUGGACGGAUCGCGAAGCGCGCAACGGAUUGUGAAGGAGGCAAUUCGGAUCUUGAACCGGGAUACAGGCUGGAAAGAUCUCUGCUCAAAUGUUGCAUCGACACUUGGGCAUCUACUAUGUGGAUCUGUCCCGAAAACCCCAGACAUGACACCUUGAUCCUUGGGUCUAUCCCACUACCACCAAGAAAGUUGUGGAGGCUUGCGCCGCGACGAAACAUAGGUACAGUGGGCCGGCGGCAUUUACACUGAUCUCGGAUGUCAGGGCUUGGAGAUCGGUGAUGCGAAAGCACUGCUCUGGGUCUGGUUUCUAUAAUUUGGCUCCGGUCCAUUUCAGGGAUGUGGCAGCGACCAUGGGGAAUGGCUCGUAUAUCUUGCCUUCCAUGUUUGACCAUGGGACGGCUGAGUAUCCAAGAGAUUUCUCCUGGUUAACUGACCUAUUUAGGCAGCCACCGACAGAAUAUGGUGUUGAACUC